AAAAUGAGAGCCAUGGGGGGGCUUCGUACGUCAGAAUUCAGAGCCCUGCAAGACAUUGAUGCAUAUCGACCAACCCGUCGCAUCUUGGAUCUGGUAUUUAUCGAUGAGAAGGACGGAGUGGACCGAGCCGAAGGCGCCGAUCCAGGCGUUGAUACAGACGCAAGCGAGCAACUGUUAACUUUAAUGGACAAUUUGACACUUGAUCCAUUGGGAUCUUGGGCAACCAGUGACUUUGUCAAAGUGGAUGAAACAAAGUGGUUCAAACUUUUUCGAAGAGAGCGAUGGUCAAGCUACAAGCACACGGAUCCCAACGGGCUAUCCAUCGACAUCGACGACGACGCCACCUGGGCAAAGCUGGGUAGGACCAUCGAAAUUGCAAACAGAAUUCUGACAGAGGCGGUCAGUCAUGAAUGGCUAGCAAGUUUUCUCAAGCAAGAUUCCCGUGAAUUUCGACGGGAUGUCAAAGUAGGGGCCAAACUUGGAGCCCCUCGAACUGGUACCAUCGUCCGUGUGAAGCCGGUCAGCCCCGACUCCCGCCUUAGUCAAACAGAAGCUCGGAAAGUUCUUGACGACAUCGCCGACUGUUUCUUUUGGGGGUUUUAUCUCCGAGAGGAAUAUCCUGGAGUUAUUGGAAAGACGACAAGGUACAUUAACAAGAGUGGAAAGCAGCUUAAGUGGAUGUGUGUUGGUCUCGAGUACUUCCAGCCGUUGUUUCAAGACAAGACGUUCCAAGAUCCUGAAGGCCGCCAGGCGAUAAUGAUGGUAGCCAAGACUUUCUGGGACGAGGAAAGGUGGGCAGAAGCGGGAAUUUCCUGGGAAAUGUCGUUUUUUGGAUUCUCCUUAAAGGACACCAACAUUUUCUGCGACAAUCGCUAUUCGCUCCACGGCAUACGUGCCCCUUGGCCUGCUUUCUGCUUAUCAAGCUCCGGCCACAUGGAUGUUUACGAUUACUGGUCUAUCGAGGAACCAUUCCAAGAAAAUCGGUACGGCAUUCCGGCCAUCAGUCUUUGUGCGAUGACAACGUCCGAUUUCUGGGAGACACAUGUGCCGAAGUACGGAUACAAGGCACUGAGAUACAAGGGGCUCUGUGUUGCUGAACAGGUGUGGGAGAAUAACUAUGAGCGUGCCACACGAACCGCACGAGCCAGGAUUCUUGACGCCCCUUACUCGGAAUAUGGCCGCCUCGAUGUCGGUUUGAGAAUGAUUGCGCGCCGCUUGAGAUUAAGGCGAAUGGAGCUCCGAAAACUGAGGCCAUGGUACAAGGCAGAAUUCCUCUUCCAGGCAUACGCAUAUCUGUGGCUGGCAACGCUGCCCGCCAGGAAAAAGCCUACACCGUUCACUGACCAGACCUCGAGGACACAGUAUCCUGAAAGACUGAGCAUACCCAAGUCCGCUGGUGGCCAGGAGAUCAUUGACCUUGUGACUGAGCGAGAACGCAAGCAGUCAGCACCGACGACCCAAUACCUGUACAAUGCCAACAUCCUGACCCACGACAAAGAGAUGUGCAUGGCUAACGCCAGACUGGCAUUUUUACGAUGGGGGGUACUCGGAGAUGUGUCACACGAAGUGGCUCAGGGUUUCAACGAGGACUGGCGCGAUGUGAGAAGAAUGAUUGAUCAAUACCCCUAUAACCAUGAGUGGUUGACUUGCCCGGGUACGUCGAAAGAAACACUGCACUGCCCUAUAGGGGGUUCGCAGGUUGAGAAGCUUCCCUUGAAAAAGCAUGACCUCAACGAUGCCGAUCUCCCAUCGUGGGCCGUAGCAAAGCCAGCAAUCGCUCCAUCGACAGUCCCGUCGCGAGGCAAAUCAGCCAAGGUCUACUCUCAGCUCCACCACUACCAUGUAGGCGAGAUUGGUGAUCACCAACGCGUCGGGAGCGGAGUCAAGUGGUUUGUUCACACGGCCCACGAUGAUGACAGGUAUUUGAUUUACGACUUCAGUGGGAGGCAGUCUAAACAUGGAUGGGACGCUGUCACUCGAGAACAGUUGACAAUGAGAC